AUGAGCUCGAAAGGCAAAGGAAAAGCGGACGACACCAGCGCUUCGGCGUCCGCUACGGACCUCGACCUCCUCCCAUGGGUGGAAAAGUAUCGUCCUGCCACUCUUGAAGACCUCGUAUCCCACAAAGACAUCACAUCGACCAUUCAGAACUUCAUCGACAGGAAUCGGCUGCCACAUCUCCUCUUCUAUGGUCCUCCUGGUACAGGUAAAACAUCGACCAUCUUGGCCAUGGCGAGAAAGAUCUUUGGCCCACAGUUCCGCAACAGCGUUCUAGAGCUCAAUGCCUCCGACGACAGAGGUAUCGAGGUAGUCAGAGAGCAGAUCAAGGGUUUCGCCAGUACGAAGAGCGUCUUCAGCUCCAAAGGCGGCUUUAAGCUGAUUGUGCUUGAUGAGGCUGAUGCCAUGACACAAGCAGCACAGGGUGCUUUGAGAAGAGUGAUCGAGCAAUACACAAAGAAUGUUCGAUUCUGCAUCAUUUGCAAUUACGUCAACAAGAUCAUCCCUGCUAUUCAGUCCCGAUGCACACGUUUCCGUUUCAACCCGCUGCAGCUCGACCAAGUGGAAGACCGUCUGAACCAUGUCAUUGAGAAUGAAGGCUGCAAGAUCACACAAGAUGGCAAGGAAGCACUGCUGAAACUCUCUCGUGGUGAUAUGCGUCGUGCACUCAACGUCCUACAAGCCUGUCAUGCAGCAUCAGAUCACAUUGACGAAACAGCGGUCUACAACUGCACAGGAAACCCACACCCUUCCGACAUCGAAGCAAUGCUCAAGUCGAUGAUGCAAGAGGAAUUCACAACAGCAUACACAACCAUCUCCGGGUUGAAGACAGCAAAGGGUAUCGCAUUGGCAGAUAUGAUCAGUGGAGUGUACGACUUGUUAGCGACAAUCAAGUUGCCGGCUAAGUCGAAAAUUUACUUGCUCGAUCAUCUUGCGCAUACAGAACACCGUUUGAGUACAGGUGGCUCGGAAAAGAUCCAACUGACAGCUUUGCUCGGUGCAGUCAAGGUCGCUGUAGAGCUCUCACAGGCAUAA